CGGUGCACCACGAAGUAUCGAAUCUAGUUCCUUGUAGCGCACAGAAUACAACAAUAGUACAUACAUAGACGAACAGUCGCAUGCAGUUUUUAUGGUAAACUAUAGUAUGAUAAAUAUCGAUUCGUAAUGUAUACUGAAGUGCUUGCAAGUCGUAGACCUACAUGCGUACACACGCAACGUUAAUAAAGUCUACAUACAUGCACAUCGAGAGGUUUUCAAAACUUUAUUUAGAUUCUCAUAGCGAUAUAGCGCUUUUGAACAAGCAAAUUUAGAUAAGCAGGGACGAAUACACUGGUAAUAUGAUGAGACGCACUUCCAAGCGUGCGACGACGUCUAAAAAAUCGCAAGCAAUCAAUGCAAGGGCAACCCCCGGUCGAAAGUACAGUGGGUUUGAUGGUACGGAAGGGGAAAGUCCCUUGAACGAUCCAACUAAAAGCCAAUUUGAAUUUCUGACAGACAAUAAAGGGGAGAAAGUGCUGGCAAAAUUCAACGCUCAAUUGAGUCCGUGGACAGCACACAAAAGGCAUGGGAACACCGUAUAUCUCGCGUCAGGGUUGUAUGAUGAUGAUAGCGACAUAGACUCGGGCGAUUCGGACUACUACACUAGCGAUGACGAGACUGAAGACGAGCUAGAGGUAAACAGUGUCACUAAAACCACUGUAGCUGAACCCAAUGAAAAUAAGCGCAAGUCGGUGAGAGUGUCUACAAAUGGCAGUAUCAAUAGAAACUCAACACAUAGAAGCUCAACACAUGAUGGGCUUCGGAUUCGUCUGCGCCGAACACCUGCACAGACGACAAGAAAAUCAUUAUCAAGAAAAUCGGGGCAGCAUAGGGGCAGCCGCAAUGGCGAGAGUGUGCGAUUGUCAACCAAGUUUAAUAAUCCAGCCAUGCUACUGGAGGAGACAUACGAAGAAGGACAGGGCAGUAUUGCGGAAAUAGGGUCAAGUCAAACGUACAUCAAAAGUCAAGCUAACCAGCACUCCUUCAAGUAUACGCCUAUCAGUCACUCUAAUACGUAUGCAUACCAACCACGAGUAUCUAAGUCAGUACCCACACGGCGUAAAAAUCCAGACCCACGGCACAAACUGGAAGAGAUGAAGCAAAGUCAAAAAGGCGGUUCAGGGAGACCCCCCGAAAUCCCCCUGUUCCCAAGUGCACAAACCACACAAGCGCUGCCCAGAGGUGUAGACAGUCUGAAGGCAGACGGCGCCUCGAAUAUGCCGUCAGUGCGUACCCCGCCACCGCAGAGACAAGCACCCAGGCCACCGGCCGAUCCUGAUCAGAUUUCAAUCAAAUAUCACGCGAGCUCAAUCAAAAGCUACAACAGCGAUAGCCUGCGAUCGCAACGGAGCACCAACAGCGAUGGGGAGACGAGUCAUAGGCACGGAUAUAAUCCAGGAGAAUCAAACACCUCGAGAGUCAGUGGUCUAACUUCUGUGGGAAGGCCUUCGUUGACACCCUCAAUGGGACCGGGUUUGGGAUAUCACAUGCCACCCAAACGCAAACAGUCCGUGCCACUGAUCAAAGAUAUCUGGAACAAUGCUAAUGCGCCAAAUAGUGGCAGCUCAAGUCUCCAUUCGAGUAUGAGCGCGAGCUCGGGUGACAUAGCGAACAAAAUUAAUGGCAAAACUAUCACUGCAGACCCAUACAAAGACUUAGGUGCAAAUACAAGCAUCGAUACACCGCAAUCAUACCUAACAUACGACUCAUCGCCUAGCUCGACCCGCAGUUCGACGCGAACUAUUGGUAGCAGUCCAUCGGUACCCAAGCGCAAGCGAUCGUUGGACUCGCUCAGGGGAAUGCUAAUCGGGCCUAAAAAUAGAACCUCAGGGGGCACUACAGAGAGGAGACUGUCAAUCGAUGCUCAGGGUAAGAGGAAUGUAGGCCGGGUGUACAAUAUUGGAUCCGCGUCUGAUGACGAAACUGUUAAAUCAGGUAGAGCCCCCGAAGUGUACGAUAUGACAGUAUCGCUACCGGAACUCGGGGUCAAUGUGGUGGCAGAAGCAUGCAGUUUAAGUGAUCCGCUUGAUAUUAAUAAUAUUCGGUCGGGUACCAAAUUGACAGUGCAGGUGCACAAGUUCCGGGUGUGUGAGGGGGAUACGACGGUCAUGAAACGCCGCAAACUGGUGUUUAUGAUGAACCAUGAAGCGCAAACGAACAGUAGCGAAUCGAGAAAUUCUAAAUUUUUGAACCUCAAUUUGCAACGCGCCUUCCUUCCGUAA